AUGUUCUUUCCGAUAGUGCUCUCCUUGCUUCUGGUGCUGUCUGUUUACGUUUGGCAGUGGCGUCGUCGAUUAUGCCGCGUUUUCCGUUCGAUUCCGGGACCUCCAGGGCUACCGCUGGUGGGAAACACCCUUCAACUCAUCGGGAAAUCAUCGACGUACCUCUUCCACAUGCUGUACGAUCUGGAACAGCUGUACGGGAGCGUGUACAAGUUGGAUACAAUGAGUGGCUUUUGGUUGUAUUACAACGAACCGGAGUAUGUCGAGAGGAUUAUGACUGGGCCAGAGUUCAAUUGCAAAAGCGCUGAUUACGAUAUGCUGCUGGACUGGCUUGGAACUGGGCUGCUGAUAAGCAACGGAAACAAGUGGUUUACACAUCGGAAGGCACUGACUCCGGCAUUUCAUUUUAAGAUUUUGGAAAAUUUCGUUCCGGUUUUUGAUGAGAAAGGUGCGAUACUGGCGAUGAAGUUUUUGAGCCAUACCGGUGGGGAGGUUCCCAUUUUUCCACUGGUGAAACUGUGCACGCUGGAUGUGAUUGUUGAGACGGCCAUGGGAACGGUUUCCAAUGCCCAGAGCGAGAAAUCGAGCUACACCAUAGCUGUGGAGGACAUUUCCGCCAUUGUGUUUUGGAGAAUGUUCAACGUGGUUCACCGGAAUGACGUUUUGUUCCGGCUCAAUAGCAAAUUCGGUUCGUACAGUAGGUGCCUGAGGACGAUUCGUGAGUUUACGCUGUCGAUCAUCGAAAAGCGGAGGGAAGCUUUGACGGAUUCCGAUGGGAAAGGGGAAUGCCUACCGGAGGAGACGGGUGAUGUUUUGAUGGGAUCCAAGAAAAAGAUGGCACUGCUCGACAUUCUGCUGCAAACGAAAAUCGACGGCAGUCCACUGACGAAUGAGGAAAUUCGUGAAGAGGUGGACACUUUCAUGUUUGGGGGCCACGAUACCACGGCAUCGGCCAUCACCUUCCUCCUCUACUCGCUGGCAAAACAUCCCGACGUUCAGCAAAAAGUGUAUGAGGAGAUCAUUUCUGUAGCAGGUGAAUCAUCGCACACGCCAUUCACCCUGAGCACCUUGAAUGACCUGAAAUACCUGGACCUGGUGAUAAAAGAAUCGCUCCGUCUGUUCCCACCGGUUCCGUACAUCUCUCGUACCUCUCUGAAGGAGGUAAACCUCGGCGGUGUCACCAUCCCGGCCAAUACCAAGCUAUCCCUCGGUAUCUACAACAUGCACCACAAUCCGAAGUACUUCCCCGAGCCGGAAAAUUUCCUCCCCGAGCGAUUCGAAGCCGAGCGAGCAGCCGAAAAACAGAAUCCCUACGCUUACGUGCCGUUCAGUGCCGGUGGCCGCAACUGCAUCGGUCAGAAAUUUGCCCAGUACGAACUCAAAUCGACCAUUUCGCAAGUGAUUCGACUCUGCCGGGUCGAGCUGCCCUACCCAGGCUACGAGCCACCACUGAAAGCUGAAAUGAUUCUCAAACCACAAGACGAUAUGCUGUUGAAAUUUUUCCCGCGAUGAUCAAAUGUCUGC